AUGGGAAUUAGCAGCUCGAAAAAGAAGGAACUGCGAAUUUUGAUGCUGGGACUCGACUCGGCCGGAAAAACUACGAUUCUUUACAAACUAAAAAGCCUGAACGAGCUUCAAACACUCCCCACAGUUGGAUUCAAUGUCGAAAGCGUCAAGUACAAAGGAGUCAUGCUGAACAUUUGGGACGUGGGAGGACAGGACAAAAUCAGAGCUCUUUGGAGGCAUUAUUAUACAGGCACACAGGGUUUGAUUUUCGUUUUGGAUUGUGCAGACGAAGAUCGUUUCCAAGAAGCGCGCAAAGAAUUCCUCAAAAUCGUCAACAACACUGACAUGAAGGGUUCCCCAGUGCUGGUUUUCGCGAAUAAGCAGGAUCAGAAACAUGCGAUCAAAGCUACCCAUGUACCGAAUAUUCUUGGACUCGAUAAGUUGACAAAUCAUGCCUGGUUCGUCCAGCCCAGUUGUGCGCACAAGGGAGUGGGGCUCGAUACUGGACUCAAUUGGCUCAUUGAACAGGCGCACAAAAAUAUGAAGAAACGCAAAAGGUGA